AUGUUUCAUCCUCAUCCCACGCCUUUUGCGUCCUCGCCGUGCUUCGUGCCUCCCAAUGGCGUCGGUCUCGCGCUAGGCUUUGGCAUACCGCCGCCAGCCAGAGCCAGUCCCACUAGAAGCGAAGCCAUAGCGGCUCCCAGGCCCGCCGCCAGCGACCUGAGCAGCGUGCGCUACCUGUAUGGCAGUGGCAACAGCAGCAACUCCAUCCCGUCGACGCCGGCUCAAUCGCACCCGCAACACCUCACCGCGCAUCAUCAUCCCCAGCAGCCUCACCACCUCCACUUCCACCCCCAACACCCGCAUCCGCAUCCGCAUCCGCAUCGGCCGCGGCAGCAGCAGCAGCAGCAGCAGCAGCAGCAGCAGCAGCACUCCUACAGCUCCGCCGCCGCCGCCGCCGCCGCCGCCGCCGCAGUCGCAGCCGCCAUGGACGACCAGCACGACAUGGCCGCCCAGCAAGAGGCCGCCAAGGACUACCAGCCCGUCCUCGAGGGCCCUCUGGUCGGCGACAAGACGCCCAGCAGCAACAUCGCCCGCGAGUAUGCCAAAGCCGACCAAGUCUACGUCGAGAAGACCGUGGCCCUUCCCCGGACUUACUCGCACUACCGGCCAAUCCAGGGCGAUGGCAACUGCGGCUGGCGAGCCAUUGGCUUCUCGUACUUUGAGAAGCUCAUCGACUCGGGCGACCAGGGCAAAAUCGAGGGCGAGGUGGCGCGCAUCAUGAGCCUCAACCACCGGCUUUCCACUGUCGGCGGUUACACCUACUUUGAGGAUUGGGCCGACGAAAUGACUGGCCUUCUGCGCGAGCUGGCCCUCAACCUCGAAACCCCCGACGUGGCCUACACCUUGCUGCUGCAGCGCUGGAACGAUGCCUCGGUCGAGGGUGGUCUCAUCUACUACCUGCGCUUGCUGGCCGCCACCUACCUCAAGGCCAACGCCUCGACCUACGAUCCUUUUGUGCCCGAUGGUCAGAACAUCCUCUCCUACUGCAGCCAGACCAUCGAGUUGCCCAACCGCGAGAUCGAGCAUCUCGGCAUCGUCGCCCUCGUCAACGUCCUGCUCACCCCAGUCGACUUUGUCCUCGAGAUCGCCUACCUCGACCGCAGCCCCGGCAGCCAGGUCAACCAUCACCGCUUUACCGACGAAACAGGUGCCAAAGAAACGUCCCUCGCCGGUCCCACCAUCUACCUGCUCUAUCGUCCAGAUCAUUACGACAUCCUCUACCGCACACCGGUAUCCCCCGAUCUGCUGGUCCAGCGCCUCUCGAGCCUAUCCCACAACGUGCGCAUUGCGGGCACCAGCUCCACCUUAGGUGCCUACUCGACCAUGGAUUACGAGGCCCUACCCAUGAUUCCCGGUCUCACCGGCGUCUCGAGCAUAUCGUCGCUGUCCCUACCACCGACGGCCGCCCGCACUAUCGGGGGCGAGCCGUUUUCGCCGACGCAGCAGAGCUCGUGGCCUCCUGCGUUUGCCGACGACGUGGGAACACCAACAGAACAAACGCACUCACGGCAGACGUCAGUCGCGGCACCGGCCCAGUCUCCGACGCCCUCUGGCUCGUUGGGCCCCAUGUCGUCGUCCUUGACGACGGCCGGAGGGGUAUCGACGGCCGGAUACCCCAUCAGAUUCAGUCCGGUGCAGCUGGAUUAUGACGAAUCCAAAAACGCCUUUCGGGAAUCGACCUUUCAAGUCAAGACUACCACAUUCAAGAAUAGCGUCUGGAACAGGGCACACUACGGGAACCCAGAUUUCCACCCCGAGGAAUGGAGUCCCGAGGAAGAAAACGUGGACGGGCGAGCCGCGGGGAAGAAAAGGGGAAAGAAGGAGCGAGACUUUUAG